AUGUCAUCAUCUCCAAGUGAGCAGAAAAACAGAGAAUUCCUUGAUUUUGGCAAAGGGCAAAAGCGUUAUGGACAGAAGUUCUUUGAUUCAGCUGAAUGGGCUAAAAAACUCAAAGAUAAUUCUAAUGCUAAUACAGAAGGUGAGAUUAAGCCUGUUUAUUCAGAGCCAGCUAUUAUAGCUGAAACACCACCUUCUCCAAUUGUUGCAUGA